AUGGCAAUUCUUGUAGAUCUCCAUCAUCAUCUUUGGCUCUCAGUUUUUGGAAUCCUUGGGAACAUCUUAUCAGGAUUUGUAUUCCUUGGACCCGUGUCGACAUUUAUUGAAAUCUACAUAGCCAGAUCAACCGUGGGUUUUGAUUCUCUACCUUAUAAUCUAACACUACUUUCUUGCAACCUUUGGAUGUACUAUGGUUUCAUCAAGGAGAAUGCCACUCUUCUCAUCUUCAUCAGCUCAAUAGGAGUUGCUGCUGAGACUACCUAUAUUCUCAUUUUUCUUAUCUUUGCAACAAAUCAAGCUAGGUGUCAAACAUUGAAGGAGUUAUUUCUAUGCAUGGGAGGAUUCUAUUUAAUUUUCGCGGUCUCAUGGUUUCUACUCCCCGAUGAAAUUCGUGUUAGCUUUGUUGGAUGGAUGAGUGUGGCAGCCUCUAUUGCAGUUUUUGCUUCACCUAUUAACAUAGUGGUAAGAACAUAUAAUUAA